CUGCAUCAGUUGCUAUUUUAACCGUCUGAUAUUUGGAUCAAUUCUCUUAAAGCCUCCCAGUAAAAAAUGGUUAACAAAUAUUUUCUGUUCAUUUUAGCAAUGAUAACUUUGCUACCGUUUGUACAUCUACAGGAUUAUGAUAUUUCUCCCUUGGACGAAACUGUUCCGUCGUACGGCGAAUCUGGUCCAUCGGAGAAAGAUUUGAAAACCGAAAUAGACUGCGACGAAAUGGUAAACUACUUCAAAACGCUACACCGACAUUAUGAUAAAGAAUGCAAAGAAGGCGACUGUGACGAGAAGAAGAAAGCUGCCUCAGAAUGGUUUCGGAAGGCUUACAAACAGUUGGGGAAAAAGUGCUAUUCCGAUGAGUACGACUAUUUGGAUUUUCCAUGAAAGUUUUUUGAACAUUUAAAGAGAUAGUAUGGAAAUUUUUAUGGCAAAAAUUUAAAACCGAAAAGUUUUCUCCCCUAUAACGUUUCGAUCAUCCUUUCGGAGGCAUCUUAAGGGUGUAAAUAUCCUUUUACUGAACAUACAUAUGCAAGACAUAAUUGAAAUACUAAAUUGACCUCAAACAGAACCACUGUGAAAUGAAAUGAAAAUUUUCUUUUGGAAUUCGAAACAAAUGCUUGAAAAUUGAAUAAAAUAGUAAU